AUGUUGGGAGGGAAAUAUUUAAAUUUAAGACUAUUCAGUGAAAAAAAAAAUUCCCUUAAUAGUAACUCGUCCGAUAAUACCAUAAACAAUAGUAAUGCUCAUAGUGUGCAGAACGUGCACAACUUGAACAGCUUGCAUACCGUGCAGAAUUUACAGAAUGCUAAUAGCAGUAGAGACAGAAAAUAUUAUGAAGAAAAAACAAAAAGGUAUAAUAGAGAUAAAAGAAUAAUACAUGAAGGAUGGUUAAACAAAUGGACAAACAUUAUAGGAAGCUAUAGACCAAGAUAUUUUGUAUUAGAAAAUGGAAUUCUAAGGUACUCCAUCGAUAAAUAUUCCCCUACAAAAGAAACGUUUGUAUUAUCACACUGUAAAAUCAGAGUAUGUCCUGAUGAUCCAUUACAUUUUGAAAUAGAUACAAGUGAACAAGGGAUAUUAUAUUUAAAAGCGGAUUAUCCAGAAGAUAAACAUAAGUGGUAUAUAUCAUUUAAAAAGGCUCAGUUAAAUUAUUUACAUGGGAAUUAUAAUAAAAAAGCAUUUAUAAAUGUCAAUACAUUUAAUACAUCCACAAACUCGGAAUUUUUGAGAAAACUCAUAAAGAGCACAAACGAUUUUAGCAAAAGUAAGACCAUCGGGGAAGUUACCAAUGUAAAGGCUAGGAAUGCAAGUGGUAGUAACAGGAUUAGUAGCCAUAAGGAAGAUGAUCAAAACAGUCAUAACAAUAUUAACCGUAACAAUAGUGAUAAUUCUAAUUUGCACAGUGAGCACAAUUCUGGUUGUAUCGAGGAAGAUCAGGAGAAGAUGGAAAAAGUGGAUAGACGAACCUCUUGUACAUCCCUUGAUCAAUCAGAAAAAAACUUCUCAAGAUUAAGUGGUACUAACAAAAUUAAUUUAGAUGAAUUAUUCAUAAGCUCUACUGAUUUUGAAGAUAAAAGUCCAACACUCUGUUUAAUGGAAAAUAUUGUAUCAUUAAAAGAAAUUACAAGAGAUUUAAUAAAAAAUUCAGAGUAUAAUGAAGCCAAACAAGUUGUAAAUAAAAUAAAAUCAGAUCCAAAUUAUAAAAUUAAUUAUGAACAUUUAGGUGCUCUCCUAUUUCAUCUUUCCAAUUCGAUAUACUGUAUCGAUUCAGUAAUAGAAAAGUACAUUAAUUGUACAGAAAUGUUAUUAAAAGAAGAAAAUAUUCAAUCAAAAUGUAUGAACAAGUCAUUAAAAUUGUUAGCGAAACAAAAUUAUUUUCUUGAAAAAUCACAAGAUAAAAAAACACUCAAUCAGUUAAAUGUCAAAGUAAAAAAUAAAUAUGAAAAAUUUAACUUGUAUUGUAAUAAUCAAGAAAGUGAAGAAGAUGAUGAUUUGUUUUUUGAUUGUGAUGACCAGUUCAUUUGUGAUGAAAAACAAAAUGAUUCUAGUGGUUCAAGUGAUGAGAAUAAAUCUGCUAGGUCUUCCUUUUGCUUGUCUACUAAUGAAGAGCCAGCAAAAAAGAAAAACUCAUUACAUAAAAACAAGACAAAGGAACGAAAGAACAACUCAGAUCAAUCUUUGCAAUUCACAAAUCACAACGACAAGGAGUUACUAAAAUCGAUGAAGACCACCUGUACCAAUGAACCCCUUCAAUUUUACCAGAAAAAUUAUUCGUACAAAAGUAUGGACGGGUGUUCAUCUGGGGAAAAACUGUACAAUGAACACUCAAAGGGAAAAAUUGCAAAUAUUGCAAAUAUUGCAAAUAUUGGAAAAGGUGAAAAAGGCGAAAAAAUUACAAAAGGGGAAAAUGUAGGGGAAGGUGAAAAAGGAUCUCUGAGGGAGGAAGAGAAGCAGAACCAAAAUCAGGCAAAGGGAAAUAGGAAAAGGGAUGAACAGAUGAAUGGGAAAAUGGAUGAGCAGACGGAUAAGAAAAUGGAUGAACAGAUGGGUGAGAAAAUGGAUAAGUUGAGGGAUGAGCAGAAGAAUGCGCCUGGUGAACACCCCACUGAAGGGAAAGAAAGCGAAACACAAAAAGACAGUUUUGAAAAAAACGUGGAUGAAUCAGAUAGCAGUUCGGGUGACUGUUGUAAUUAUGAAGAUGAAGGCUAUAUGUUAAUUUCUUUAUGCAAGGCGAAAAAUGUCAAAUCGUUAAAUUUUAGGAAAAUAGAUAUUUAUACAGAUAAAACAAUUAAAAGAAGAAAAAAAUUACCAAGUCCUAGAACGGAUAUAAAAAUAAGUAUGUGGUCAUUACUAAAAGAUUGUAUAGGCAAAGAUCUCUCUCGUAUAGGUAUGCCAAUAUAUUUGAAUGAACCCUCUUCAUUUCUUCAAAGACUAGCUGAAGAUUUUCAGUAUAUUUAUUUAUUAAAAUAUGCAUCGAAUGAAGUAGAAAGUACAAGCAGACUAGCAUUUGUAACAGCUUUUACUAUAUCUCCAUACGCAUCUGUAAUUGGUCGAACGUUUAAACCAUUCAAUCCAUUAUUAGGUGAAACGUAUGAAUUGACUCAUCGAAAAUUCUAUUUCAUAUCAGAGCAGGUUGUUCAUCAUCCUCCUAUUACUGCAUAUCAUUGUCAUAAUGAAUAUAUGGAGAACUUUGCUAGUAUAAUUGUUAACGUACAAAUUUUAGGAAAAUCAGUGGAGGUAAAUAUACCCGGGGCAAGUCAUCUUAUACUCAAGUAUAAGAAGAAAAGCGCUUCGAGUGAGAGUGGGAGUAGAACAGGAAUUGGAAUUGGAAGCGUAACUGUAAGCGGAAGUACGCAAAAUGAAAAAGAUACCACGAACAGUCGAAGCGAGGUAAAAAAUAGAAAAAAAUAUGACAUUGUUGACGAAUAUGGUGAUGGUAAUGAAGCACACAUAGAUGAAAAUGAGAAAAGAACCAAGGAUUACUCUAAAAUGGAAAACGAUAUUAGUGUUACACAUAGCACUCUCCAUAAUGGUAAUAAUAAUUCUACACCUAAUUGUGACACUCAAGAAUCUUUUGUUUUUUUAGGAGAAAAUAAAAAAGGAGCAGACUCUAUGAGGAGAGUAGACAGUGAAUAUCGAGCAUACAUCAAUAUGGACGAUAAUAAAAUAAAAAAAAAUAAUCAUUUAAAUAAUUUGAAAAGUAAUGAAAAUAUUGAAGUUCUCGAAGAUGACAAUACGGAUAAAUGGGGAACAGAAAAUUGUAAUUACUUAAAAACAGAGCAAGGGAGAAAUAUAAAGAGCAGCAAAAAGGAAGACAAAAUUGAAUAUGGACAUGAACAUUAUACAUAUCAAAGAGCUAACAUGAUAAUUCACAACAUAAUAUUUGGAAAAUUAUGGGUGGAAUUACAUGGGAAUAUACUAAUUAGAAAUCAUAAUAAUGGUGAUUUUUCAAUUGUUUGUUAUAUAAGAAAAGGAUGGUUUGAUAAAGAAAUACACAAAGUAAGAGGAAUAGUAUGUGAUAGAUUUAAAAAUGCUAUUUUUUAUAUAUACGGAAAAUGGUCACAAGAAAUUUACAUAGCCUAUGUAAAAAAUAUGAAAAGGCAAGAAUAUAGUACAUACUUCUUUAAUGAGGAUGGAACAGAAAAUUUAAAACAUUUUAAUCGAAAUACAUUAAAUGAAUUUAUAAAUAAUUUCGAUUGGCAAUUUUAUGAAAAUAAUAUGGAAAAUUUAAAUGGCGUAUGUGUAUGGAAAGCACAAAAAAGACCAAAACAUAGUGAUCAGUAUUACGGAUUUAAUAAUAUGACUGUGGAAUUAAAUGAAAUAACACCUGAAUAUGACAGGUUAAAUGGUGCAGCAAUUGCCUGCACGGACAGCAGAUUUAGACCAGAUCAACGAAAUUAUGAAAAUGGAAAUAUUGAAGUUGCUAUGAAUGAAAAACAAAGACUUGAAAAUAAACAAAGAAAAAAUUCAAAAAUGUACGGAGAAAAAAAUUCUUAUCAGCCAAAAUGGUUUUAUAAAAACAAGGAUCCAAUUUAUAAAGAUAAGGACAUGUAUUUAUUUAAUAACAAAUAUUGGGUCGUCAAAAAAAAUAGGCAAUUUACAAACUCCCCAGACAUAUUUUAA